AGAACAGAUUAGAGAUGCGAGCGAGGGUGACUGUAGCAAAUACCGAUGGAUAGAACUGAGAAUACACAGACAAUGUUAAUUUAGAAUUCUUCAUGUUUUGUAGUUUAACGUCAUAGGAAUUCAAAUCAAAUCUGUCCGUUCAAAGAGGGGGAUUGUGCGAAACAGAAGGGUUUGUGUGACGUUAGAUGACUAGCUAACGUUGGGCAACGGCAAUCAAAUCAGUUUUACUGAUUUUUAUAACCGACGUCGCUGAUAUUACGAAGUGCGCAUAUCGUCAUACAACCCGGUCUUCCUCAUUGACGCAGUCCGAAGAGUGUGCUGGUUCGGAGAAUGCUAAAGAAUGAGUCAAAGGGAUACCUUGAUUCAUUUGUUUGCCGGAGGGUGUGGGGGAACAGUGGGUGCUAUUCUGACUUGUCCACUGGAAGUGGUAAAGACCAGACUACAGUCCUCUCAUGUCACCUUCUACAUCUCUGAGGUGCAGCUCAGCACUGUCAACGGGGCCAGUGUGGCUCGCAUGGCCCCCCCGGGACCCCUCCACUGCCUCAAGUUGAUACUGGAGAAGGAGGGACCGCGCUCGCUGUUCAGAGGCCUUGGGCCCAACCUGGUGGGUGUGGCUCCUUCCAGAGCCAUCUACUUUGCAUCCUACUCCACUGCCAAAGAGAAGCUGAACGGCGUGUUUGAGCCCGACUCAACGCAGGUCCAUAUGGUGUCUGCAGGCCUAGCAGGGUUCACUGCUAUCACGGUGACCAAUCCCAUCUGGUUGAUCAAGACCCGGUUGCAGCUGGAUGCCAGGAACCGUGGCGAGAGGCGCAUGAAUGCGUUUGAGUGUGUGCGGCGGGUCUACCAGACGGAGGGCUGGCGAGGCUUCUAUCGGGGUAUGUCUGCCUCGUAUGCCGGCAUCUCCGAGACAGUCAUCCAUUUUGUCAUCUAUGAGAGCAUCAAGCGCAAGCUGGUGGAGUCCAGGGCCCAGGCCAGCAUGGAUCAGGACGAGGACGAGUCGGUGAGGGAUGCCUCAGACUUUGUGGGCAUGAUGCUGGCCGCCGCCACCUCCAAGACCUGUGCCACGUCUAUCGCCUACCCCCAUGAGGUGAUCCGCACCCGGCUACGAGAGGAGGGCAGCAAGUACCGCUCCUUCUUCCAGACAUUACUGACAGUACCUAAGGAGGAGGGCUACCGCGCCCUGUACCGCGGUCUCACCACCCAUCUGGUCCGCCAGAUCCCCAACACCGCCAUCAUGAUGUCCACCUACGAGAUGGUGGUCUACCUGCUACAACGCUAGCCCCUCCCUGUCUGGAGAGAAAGUAGGAAGUGACUGACUUGGUUGGACAUAUUUAAGAUGGAGACCAAAGGAACACUGAUAUGGACCAGAACCAAGAAGAAAGAACAGGAGCCCCCCCCCCCCCCCCCCCUAC